AUGGCCGUGCGGAUUCUGGCGAGAUACACCCGUGGUUUCCGGGCGGUUUUCAUCACGAAUGCUAGUCUCUCCGCGGCUGCUACGCUAGUGAGCGUGCUAAUGAUCCGCCACAAGGAACUGACACGGGGCGACGAGGAGGGGUUGCGCAUGGACGAUUGUGCGCAGGAGAAGGCGGCACGAGAGGAAGACAGAGACCCGGAGAAGGCCGUGACUUCGUCGAGUCGUGCGGAGGAUGCGCCGAUGGGCAUACUCCGUUCGCAGAGCCUGAGGGAGGGGUCUUCUGACGAACGGGGGUCUUGA